GCAGGAAGCGCUCUGCGGGAGCCGCAGCCACUCUGUGUUUUGGUGCCACGCACGUUCCUUGCCAGCCCCGAGCCCGGGCUGCGGCGGGGGAGGGACAUUCCCGCUGCCCUCCCCGCCCCCCCAGAGACCCGGCCCGGCCCCGCCCCGCCCCGCCCCACGCGGGGAGAAGGCUGCAGAAUAAGGACCCCGUUUUGCUCCAGAGCGUCCCAUCUUCCCAGGGGCUGGGGCAGGGAAAUGGCUGUGGUGGAUCCAGCUCAGGGGCUGGUGACCUUCGAGGAGGUGGCCGUGUAUUUCACCGCAGGGCAGGGGGCGCUGCUGGACCCCACUCAGAGAGCCCUCUACAGGGAUGUCAUGCAGGAGAACUAUGAGAGUGUGACCUCGCUGGGACUCCCCAUUCCCAAACCUGACCUGAUCGCCCGGCUGGAAGCAGGGGAAGAGCCGUGGCUCCCAGAUCUCCAGGCCUUCGAGGAAAGGAAGAUCCCAAGAGGCACCUGCACAGCAGGUGACGAGACAAUGAGUGAGAACGAGGAUGGGAAUCCACAGCAGGAAGGUCCUGAGCCAGUGGAACUGCAGGGGAGGUUUCUGAGAAGAGCUGAUGGAAAUUUUUCCCAGUGCUGGGAAGAGAGAGAAGCCUGGAGUCAUCGGCACAGGACAGAGAGGAAGCUGGGAAACAGGCAAAAGAAUAAAGUGGACGAGUUCAUUGAAUGCAGGGGAGGAGGCAAGGAUCCCCAGGAAACCACAGCCCAGCAGGCAAAUCCUAAGGAAAAGAAACCCUAUAAAUGCUUGGACUGUGGGAAAAUCUUCAACUGGAUCUCAAAUCUUACUACUCAUCGGAGACUGCACACAGGAGAGAAACCAUAUAAAUGUCUUGAGUGUGGGAAAAGCUUUAGUCAGUGCUCAGGCCUUAUUAGCCAUGGGAGAACCCACACAGGAGAGGGACCAUAUAAAUGCCUUGAAUGUGGGAAAAGUUUCAGUACAUCAUCAGUCCUUAUUAUCCAUCAGAGAACCCACACGGGAGAGAAACCAUUUCAAUGCCUUGAGUGUGGGAAAAGUUUCAGUCAGCGCUCACAUCUUACUAGCCAUGGGAGAAUCCACACAGGAGAGGGCCCACAUAAAUGCUUGGACUGUGGGAAAAGUUUCAGUGGACCAUCAGCCCUUACUGCACAUCAGAGGAUCCACACUGGAGAGAAACCCUAUAAGUGCUUGGACUGUGGGAAAAGCUUCAGUCAGAGCUCAAGCCUUAUUAGCCAUAGGAGAAUCCAUACAGGAGAGAAACCCUAUAAAUGCCUUGCGUGUGGGAAAAGUUUCAGUGUAUCAUCAGCUCUUAUUGUACACCAGAGAACCCACACAGGAGAGAAACCCUAUAAAUGUUCAGACUGUGGGAAAAGCUUCAGUCUGCACUCAAGGCUUAUAAACCAUAGCAGAAUCCAUACAGGAGAGAGACCAUAUACAUGCCUGGAUUGCGGGAAAAGUUUCAGUCAGCGCUCACAUCUUAAUAGCCAUGGGAGAAUCCACACAGGAGAGGGCCCACAUAAAUGCUUGUACUGUGGGAAAAGUUUCAGUGGCCCAUCAGCCCUUACUGCCCAUCAGAGAACCCACACAGGAGAGAAACCCUAUAAGUGUUUGUACUGUGGGAAAAGUUUUAGUCAACAGUCAAGCCUUAUUAGCCAUGGCAAAAUCCACACAGGAGAGGGACCGUAUAAAUGCCUUGAGUGUGGGAAAACUUACAAUGCACCAUCAGCACUUACUGUACAUCAGAGAACUCACACGGGAGAGAAACCCUAUAAGUGCUUGGACUGUGGGAAAAGUUUCAAUCAGCGCUCACAUCUUACUAGCCAUAGGAGGAUCCACACAGGAGAGGGACCCCAUAAAUGCCUUGAGUGUGGGAAAAGUUGCAAUGCCCCAUCAGCCCUUAUUGUACAUCAGAGAACCCACACAGGAGAGAAACCCUAUAAAUGCCUCGAGUGUGGGACAAGUUUCAGUGUACCAUCAGCCCUUAUUACACAUCAGAGGACCCACACGGGAGAAAAACCCUAUAAAUGCCUGGACUGUGAUAAAAGCUUCAGUCAGAGCUCAAAUCUUACUGCCCAUCGGAGGCUGCACAUGGGAGAGAAACCCUGUAAAUGCUUGGACUGUGGGAAAAGUUUCAGUGCACCAUCAGCCCUUAUUGUACAUCAGAGAACCCACGUAGGAGAGAAACCUUACAAAUGCCUCCACUGUGAGGAAGGUUUCAGUCAGCGCUCAAACCUUGUUAGACAUCAGACAAUCCACACAAGAGAAAACCCCUAUAAAUGCUUAGAUGAUUGGAAAAGUUUUAGUCCCUGCUCAUAAUUUCAUAAAAAUUGAAGAAUUCACACAGGACAGAAUCUAUAAAUGCCUCAACUGUGGAAAAAGUUUCAUUUGAAGAUCAAACCUUCCAUCACAUGAGACAAUCCACAUGACAGAGAACCCAUAAAUGCUUGGAUUGUGGGAAAAGGUUCAAUAACGGCAUGAAGAGAUUCAGUCUGAGCUCACACAUUGUUCCUCAUCGCAUAAUUCACAGAAGAAAGAGCAAGAAUGUGCAGGAAGCUUUAUUUGGUGCUCACAUGGCAUCAUGCCUCAGUAAAUCCACACAGAGGAGAGCCCUUUGAUGUGUCCUUAGCAUGGAAAAUGCUUCAGUUGGAGCUAACACCACACUGGACAUCAGAGACUCCUCCACAUAGGAGAGAAAUUCCCUCAGUGCCCUGGUUGGGGCUGGCCUUAGUAAAAACUCCAUUUCCUAAUUCCCACCCGCAUCGGUGGCAUUUGGCUCCUAGGUAUCUGUUAGAGGGCUUUUCCCCUCACCCUCUCUCCUGGUUCUUGUCUCACAGACAGAGAGCAGACCAGAAGUCCAAAGGACAGACAAUUCAAUGUUUAUUGGGAUUCGUUUCCAAGCAAGUAUAUUUCGCACCCUUCACACCAGUUAGGCUUAUCUCUACGUGCCGAUAGUCUGUUCCCCAGUGUUCCCUUCCCAGCUCUGACACCACAGAGCCUUCCCUGUGUCCCAACUGCCUGUUCCCCAUUCUCAUUCCCCAGUCCCCUUCCCCCUGCUCCUCCUCCGUAGCAGGGCCAGAUAGAUCUGCAAUGCACACCCCUAGUCACACCACUUACAACGUAUGGUCAUGUCCUGUUCGGGAGGGUCGUGAGUUGGGGUCUUCGUGCCACCUCUUUUGUAACCCAAGGGAGGGGUGAGGAGUGAGGUUGGGCUCCGGUAGGGGCAGGCAUUUCUUUGGUCUUUUAGUGUUUUACUGCCCCCCAUCCCGCCUUCCCCUCCUGACCAAUUCUUUGGCUUGCUUUGAGAGACCUGCGGCGGUUGUCAAGUGUGCACUCAUAUAUUACACUCCAUCUGUGUCCAGGAACACUAGCUCCAGCUCUUAGCUCUUUUCACCCCAUCUGUGUGUGGGCAGAUGUAGCACAUGGUGCCAUUGUCCUUUGCUCACACACAUUUAGUAAAAUAUGCAAGAGUCAAACCCCAAAUUCUGUCUCAGGCGGACAACCAGGCUUAUGUGCUAACAGUAUCCAGCUGCCCAUCUCUGGGGGCAGGUUCCAGCAGCAGCUGACCCGGAGCUGAUCAGGGACCCUCUGGCUUUGCCUGAUCUAAGCAAACCCCAGCACGGGAAAAGAAGCCCCUAUCAGUCCUCUGACGGGUUGUCCUGCCGAUCUGGGUAUGUCACCUGAUGUACUGGGAUUCCACUGAGCCUGCCUGUUCUACCAGCCAGGGCACCCCGACCCCAGCCUGCCAGCCUGCUCUGUCACACCCACAGGAAGUGCCACGUCCCGCUGCAGAAAGACAUGGAUGUGGAGAUUAGGUCUGCAUGGUGAAACCCAGCUCAGGACGUGCCCCACACUUGUGUGCACACCACUGUAGGAGUGCAAAUCCCAGGAGUGCACUGUCUUCCCAGCACGGGCACUUACCACAAUGUUCUGUGCUCUCCGUGCUUAGGAAUCACUCUGAUUUCUUUGGUCCUGACUCAGACUCCUGAGGGCUACAGAUGAAAGUGUCCCACACCUGGAGGGGGAAUUCAAAUGAACCCCAAAGCUCUCGCUCAUCUUUCUGAGCUAAAGUCCCUGUUUUCAUCUAUUGCAGGGGUCGGCAUCCUUUGGCUCCCGGUCCGUCAGGGUAAGCGCGGGCCAAGAGACAUGCGGGCCGCACUUCCUGCAGCCCCCAUUGGCCGAGAAAGGUGAACCAUGGUCACUAGGAGCUGCGAGCAGCUGUGCCUGUGGGCACUCAGGUAAACCAAGUGUCUUGUGGCCCACCAGCGGCUUACCCUGGCAGGCUGGGUGCCAAAGGUCGCCAAUCUCUGAUCUAUUGUUAAAGUGGCUUCUGGGCUUUGUAGAUGGUCAGGUUUGGGCUUUGGGUUUUUUUUUUAUUAUUAUUUUUGCAUUAGGACGAUGUUAAAACUUCUGUAAAUAACACAACCAGAUAAUGAGGGGGUGCUGAGUACAGCAGGUUUAGCCAGGUCAGAAGAAAAUGGAUGAAUUUGUUUUCCUUCUUUGAGCAGUUAGAGUUCUGUGGGAUUUUCACUUUAUAAACCUGAAAUUAUUUUGUAGCACACCUUGUAGUGUUGGUUUCUGUCUCUUCCUAGAGGCCGUUUGGUCUUAUAUUUUGAUAGUAGUUUACUUUGACAGGAUGUAGCAGGUUUAUUAAGGACUUUAUGAGACAAAUGAUCAUUUGCCAGAAGAGUCCUUGUUUGUUUUGACUGUUCUUUCCCAUUGUCAUGAGAUUUUUGUGUGUUUGAACAAUGAAAAGUGUCACUGUCUGUCAGCACAAGCACUGAGGUGAGAGUCACACUCUGAGGGGCCGAGACUGAACAGGGUAUGGAGUUACUGCCAGAUCCCUGCAGAGCUGUGAGAUGCAGACAGGCGAGGAGAGGGUGGGGAACAGAGCUGGGAAACUGCAGACUUGUCUCUUGGGAGCCAGACAGCUGAGGCUGAGAACGGUGAACUUGCUGUGCCAGUGCCAGAGGGAGACAGGAAUUGCCCUGGGAGUGCUGGGUGAAGCCAUCCCUGAAGUCGGAAGGGCUACAAACGAUGCCCCAAGAGGAAUGAUGAGGGGAGGGGGCAGCAUCUCCUCAUUGCUCAGAGGACGAGCCUGGGCAGAAACAAGAAGGAAGCUGGGGAAGUCAAGAGGCCUGAGCCAGCCUUGAAGCCAGGCUGACCCCACCAUAGAGGCGAGAGGGAGAUGAGGAGCCUGAAAGCCCAGCUGGUCACCCCUCCCCAUCUAACACGGUCUUGUGUGGGGACGACAGACUGUCUGCCCCACUCACCCCAGAUUGCGUCCCUGGUGUGAUGGAGUAGGGACUGUGUCUGUGGAGGAUGGGAGAGCCGGGGAUGUCUUUAGGUGAGAGACAGGAUCUAGGCCUGUAACCUGAGCCAGGUAGGGGGGGAGGUGUGUCAGCUCCUUUGCCCGGGAAGCUGGAAAAAAGGAAGGGGCGGGCUGGAGGAAGGGCAGUUCAGUUUCGGUUUAGGGCUGGGUGGUUAGAAAUCAGGGAAUCCUAAACUGGAAUCCAAAGGCCCUGAACCCUCAAGGACUCGAUUGAGGGGUCCUGGCUGUGCCUACAAGCUCUGCUGUAACUUGCAUUCCUGUUGUCCAAUAAACCUUCUGUUUUACUGGCUGGCUGAGAAUCACUGUGAGUCCCAGGAAGAGGGGUGCAGGGCCGGACUCCCCCACACUCCGUGACACCUCUAAUCUCCGUUCCUUGGAUUCCUGCCCUCACAGUGUUUGCUUUGUGACAGCGCCAGCACGUCUCCUGGGCAUCUCUCUGUACUUUUCUACCAGUUGGUAAAUGUUGCUCUGUUGCUGGUGCACAGGGGAUUUGGGCGCAGCAGUGUACUGGGCUGGGGAUGGAAAGUCCCAUGCUGAGCUGGGCUGGGGGUGGGGACAGGAGUCUGUUUCUCCUUUGUUAUAAUAAAGUAGAAUUUAGUUUCUCACACUGUGUCCUUGUUUUCCAUGAAAUACCCCUCGGAUUCGGAGUGGAGGUGAACAGUAAAAGCAGUGCUAACGUGCUCUGGUACAGAAAUGCAGUGAGGUCACUCAUACAAUCUCAGCUCUGCCCUCUCAUAGGGUCCGUUGCAGACAGUAUAUUGACAAAUUUCUAUGUGGAUAAUCGGGCUAAAGUGAUUCUGCUCUGAGCUGGUUUCAGCCCCAAACCCCGGCUCUCUCAACUUUACCACCUGCCUAAUUCUAGCGCAGACCCAUUUCAAGCAAUGGGGCUAUCCGCAAUGGUACAAUUAAGCAUGUGACUAAGGUUUGGCAGGACUGGGAGGUUAGAUGGGUGGGUUUGGGAGUCUCUCCCUGUUCAUACUCGGCCUGUUCCUCACACCACAACUUUCCCCAAAUUCAUUCAUGUCUGGCUACAAAAUAAUUGUGUCUCAAUUAGUCGCAUGAUUAUUGUUAGACAGCAGCAGCCAGAGGCUCCCCAGAAGCCCAAGGCUGUACUGCACUAGAUGCUGUACGUACACAUCAUGAGAGACAGCCCCUAAGGGAAAGAGCUUCCAGCCUACAUAUGCAGAACAGCCAACAAAAGGAUUUUGCAAGUGUCAGGAGUGACCCUGAAGUCUAACCAGCUACGAGUGACGCCCCAAGGGGAAUGAUGAGGGGAGGGGGCAGCAUCUCCCUAUGGCUGAGAGAACACGGCUGUGCCCUGGAAGCAGCUAUUCAACUUCUGUUACGUGUGACAAACACAGAUUGUUCUUCCCCAGAAUUACAGCUCUUACCCCUAGAGCACAGACGACAUUCUCUGAGGACAGUCAAUCUCUUACGGCUUUAGCAAUAAUCACUGCCAAUGGGGCUGUUCCAACAUUCUGCACCGGCUGUCAGACCCUGCCAUGGAGAGAUACCAUCAAAGCCCCAUGCUGUUCUGAUGAAGGUAUUUUAGGGCUUGUGGGCCCAGCUUAUAUUACACUGAAUUUUAAAUCCUGUUAGAUUUUCGGUAAAUUUUUCAAAAGUAUCUUUUAAAAAAUGACUUAGGGUUAGAGUUUUAAGCUAUUAGGCACCUGAGGAUGCAGAGAGGUGCUUAGUGGGGUUGUCAAAGCAGGUUAGGCAUUCGGGGCUAGAUCAGGGGUUCUCAAACUGCGGGCCAGGACCCUGCAGGGGGUCAUGAGGUUAUUGUAUGGGGGAUUGUGAGCUGUCAGCUUCCACCCCAAACCUCACUUUGCCUCCAGCAUUUAUAAUGGUGUUAAAUGUAUAAAAAGUGUUUUUAAUUUCGGGGGGGGGAGGGAGGGCGCACUCAGAGGCUUGCUGUGUGAAAGGCGUCACCAAUACAAAAGUUUGAGAGCCACUGGGCUACAUGCACAAAAUAGAUUUAGAUGCCCAGGUGCUCCUUUCACUUUAGAUACCUGAGUCUGAAGAUUUUGAUGCCAACAACCCUAAAACAGACACACACACUCAACUAUUGCCUAACUGCUCGGGAGCG